AUGUCUGAAGACGCUGCUGAUCGUAAUGUAGAGAUCUGGAAGAUCAAACGACUUAUCAAGUCGUUGGAAAUGGCCAGAGGGUAAGUUGUUUACAUUUUGUUUUGCAUUUAGGUUGGUGAUGGAGUUUGGUCAAAGCAAACAAUUCAUUAGAUGGGAUUUUGAUUUUUUUGGUUGUUUUACGUAAAAAAUCUUUUUAGUAAUGGAACUUCUAUGAUUUCGCUUAUCAUUCCACCUCGCGAUCAGAUUGCGCGAGUCAGUAAAAUGUUGGCCGAUGAAUACGGAACAGCGUCGAACAUUAAGUCGCGUGUGAAUCGUCUUUCUGUGCUUGGUGCCAUCACAUCCGUACAGGGUCGUCUCAAAUUGUACAACCGAGUCCCAACCAAUGGUCUAGUUAUAUAUUGUGGUACGAUUGUGACGGACGAAGGAAAGGAAAAGAAAGUUAACAUUGACUUUGAGCCUUUCAAACCCAUCAAUACUUCACUUUACUUGUGUGAUAACAAAUUCCACACUGAGGCUUUGGCUGGUGAGUAGUUUGAUAUUGAGGUAGUAUCUACUUAAAGAAGUCUUGUUUUAACUGUUAAAACGAAGCUUGAAACCUAUUUUUAUUAUCAGGAAGUGAGUUAUAAGGAACAUAAAGCUAUUUUAAAUGAACGUAUUAUAGUUUUGAUUAUAAUAUGGCCAAUUUUUAGCUCUCUUGGCCGAUGAUCAACGUUUCGGCUUCAUUAUCAUGGACGGUAACGGCAGUUUGUUCGGAACUCUACAAGGAAACACGAGAGAAGUUUUACACAAGUUUACUGUAGAUCUACCAAAGAAGCACGGUCGUGGUGGUCAAUCAGCUUUGCGUUUCGCUCGUCUUAGAAUGGAAAAACGUCACAAUUAUGUGAGAAAGGUGGCUGAAACAGCUGUGGAAUUGUUCAUUAAAAACGACAAAGUUACAGUAGCUGGCUUGGUGUUGGCUGGUUCAGCUGAUUUUAAGACAGAAUUGGGACAGAGUGAUAUGUUCGAUCAGAGAUUACAGGUAACAGGAUAAUUUUUUUUAUUUUUGGAAUUUUAGGUUGGGAAAUGGCGGUCGUUUAGCUUUUGAACCUUAUGUUGCUUCAGAGUAUGAAAAUUCAUUUAAAAAAUAUUUUUUGCAUUAUUAUAUGCUUUAAAUUACUUAUUUUAGGCUAAAAUCGUAAAAACAGUUGACGUAUCAUACGGUGGAGAAAACGGCUUCAACCAAGCUAUCGAAUUGGCCGCCGACGCCUUGGCCGACGUGAAGUUUUUGCAAGAAAAGAAGCUCAUCUCAAACUUCUUCUCGGAAAUCUCUCAAGACACUGGCAAAGAAGUGUACGGUGUUCAGAACACGUUACAAGCCCUCGAGAUGGGAGCCGUGGAGAUUCUGAUCUGUUGGGAGAACUUGGACGUAACCAGAUAUGAAUUAAAGAAUGCCAAUGGUGAUAUUAAGGUAGCCCAUCUGACACCGCAACAAGAAAAAAACAAGGACAACUUUGUGGACAAGGACUCGGGGGCUGAAAUGGAGAUCGAAAGCUCAAUGCCAUUCCUAGAAUGGCUAGCCAACAACUACAAGAAGUUCGGAGCCACGUUAGAAAUCGUCACCGACCGGUCGUCACAAGGCGCCCAAUUCGUGCACGGCUUUGGUGGUAUUGGUGGUCUACUGCGUUACCGUGUGGACUUCCAGAUGAUCGAGAUGGCGGAGGAGAACGACGACUUCGAUCUGGACGAUUAUUAA